CUUUCGUAAUGUGCUGCUUUCUUUACAUUUAUUUAAGAACUCGAUGAACCUGCUACCUUCGGUACAUACCAAAGAAUAGCUCUUGCAAUUUCUUAAUUUUCUCCUGCCGGCUACAGCUACAAUCCUGUUCUCUCGAUAGUUUUUCAUCACUCAGAACACAGAGCACAGGUUGUUUGGAGGGGUUUUGAGCUCGAAGAAGAAUGUGGAAACUCAAGCUUUCGGAAGGCAAUGAUCCAUGGCUUAAAAGUGUGAAUAAUCAUGUUGGUAGACAAUUUUGGGAGUUUGAUCCUCAUCUUGGAACUCCAGAAGAGCGAGCUCAAGUUGAAAAUUAUCGAAACGAGUUUACGAAAAACCGUUUCCUAACGAAACACAGUUCUGAUCUUCUGAUGAGAUUUCAGUUUGCGAGGGAAAAUCCAUGUGAGAUGAAGCUGCCUAUGGCGAAAGUAAGAAGUGAAGAAGAAAUCACAAAGGAAGUGGUGGAUAGCACAUUGAGAAGAAGCUUGAGAUUCUAUUCAACUCUACAGGCCGAGGAUGGAUUCUGGCCUGGUGAUUAUGGUGGCCCUAUGUUUCUUCUACCAGGCUUGGUGAUAUGUUUAUACGUGACGGGUGCCUUGAAUACAAUUCUGCAUAAUCAGCAUCGACAAGAGAUGUGUCGUUAUCUCUAUAACCAUCAGAACGUGGAUGGAGGGUGGGGAUUGCAUAUAGAAGGUUCAAGCACAAUGUUUUGCACAGUUCUCUCUUAUGUCACCCUCAGAUUGCUUGGGGAGGAAAUGGAUGGCGGGGAUGGUAGUAUGGAGAAAGCUAGGAAAUGGGUUCUUGACCAUGGCGGAGCUACUCACAUUCCAUCAUGGGGAAAGAUGUGGCUUUCAGUGCUUGGAGUAUAUGAAUGGAGUGGGAACAAUCCAUUACUGCCGGAGUUAUGGCUUCUUCCUUACCUUUUUCCGGCACACCCAGGAAGGUUAUGGUGUCACUCUCGGAUGGUAUAUCUCCCCAUGUCAUAUUUAUAUGGAAAGAAGUUCGUGUGUUCGACUACCUCCCUUGUUCUAUCGAUUAGAAGAGAGAUUUAUACCAUUCCCUAUCACCAGAUUGAUUGGGACCAGACCAGGAAUCUCUGUGCCAAGGAAGACUUGUACUACCCCCAUCCCCUAUUGCAAGACAUUGUAUGGGCUUGCAUUCACAAGGCUGUGGAGCCUCUGCUUACAAGAUGGCCAUUCUCUAAGCUUAGACAAAGGGCUCUAGACUCUGUAAUGCAACGUGUCCAUUAUGAGGAUGAAACGACUCAAUAUGUUUGCCUUGGACCUGUAAACAAGGUAUUAAACAUGCUUUGCUGUUGGGUGGAGGAUCCAAAUUCAGAAGCAUACAAGUGCCACCUUGCCAGAAUUAAAGAUUAUUUGUGGGUAGCAGAGGAUGGCAUGAAAAUGCAGGGCUAUAAUGGUUCUCAAUUGUGGGAUGUUUCAUUUGCUGUUCAAGCAAUCCUUGCUACCAGUUUUGCUGAUGAAUUUGCUCCAAUGCUUAAGAAAGCACACAAUUUCAUGAAAAACACACAGGUGAGGACAAACAGCUCUGAUGAUUUUAACGAUUGGUAUCGGCACAUUUCUAAGGGAGCAUGGCCGUUCUCCACCCCCGACAACGGUUGGCCAGUAUCCGAUUGUACUGCAGAGGGCUUAAAGGCAAGAAUCUUAUUAUCUCGGUUGCCACCAGAUAUGGUGGGAGAAGCGAUACCAGCAGAUGGGUUCUAUGAUGCUGUUAACGUGAUUUUAUCUCUGCAGAAUAAUAAUGGAGGUUUUGCAUCGUACGAGCUGACAAGAUCAUACGCAUGGUUAGAGAUGCUCAAUCCAGCUGAGACAUUUGGAAACAUCAUGAUUGACUAUCAGUAUGUGGAAUGCACUUCUGCAGUAAUUCAAGGACUCAAAUCCUUCAAGAAAUCUUACCCAGGACAUCGAAAGAAAGAAAUAGAAGCAUGUAUGGAGAAGGCAAUUGACUUCAUUGAGCGCACACAACAACCUGAUGGUUCAUGGUAUGGAUCUUGGGGAGUCUGCUUCACGUAUGGAACAUGGUUUGGAAUAAAGGGGCUUGUAGCUGGUGGAAGGACCUAUCAAAACAGCAACAGUAUUCGGAUAGCCUGUGAAUUCUUGCUAUCGAAACAGCUUGUUUCAGGUGGUUGGGGUGAGAGCUAUCUUUCAAGUCAAGAUAAGGUGUACACAAAUUUAGGUGGUGGUAAAUCACAUCUUGUAAACACUGCAUGGGCGAUGCUGGCUCUUAUUGAAGCUGGACAGGCCGAAAGAGAUCCGAGCCCGUUGCAUCGUGCAGCCAAGUUGUUGAUUAAUUCAGCAAUGGAAACUGGAGAGUUCCCACAGCAAGAAAUCAUGGGAGUCUUCAACAUGAACUGUAUGAUUAGUUACUCUGCCUACAGAAACAUCUUCCCUAUUUGGGCCCUCGGAGAGUAUCGCAAUCGCGUGUUGCUGCAGUAAAAACUGGUGUGUGUAAAUGCUCCUGUAAAACAAGCAAUAAUGGAAUGUGUCAAUUGCCGCAGAAGAAACUAUCCUGUGCUAAAUUUCGUAAAAUAGCAUUAGCUGAUUGUAGUAUAUAUGACAAGUUCUUAAUUUGAAAAUCACAUUUUCCCA